AUGUCGAAUCCUACACCUGCUGAGGAAGAGUUUGCCGCCUUCCUCGACAAGAACAACCGCUCGGACCUUGACCGGUUCCAUCCGGAAGAUCGCGACGCUGCAGCCAGAGAGGCCGAGGAACAAAGCGAAGACGAGGAAGACUUGUACCGGUCGCGCCAGAUCGACGCGGCCAUGCGAAUGCCCACCAUGGAUGCCCAGACAGAGAUCAGGCUUCCUCCCGCCUCGUUCGACUCGGGCCGGUCGACCGGAGUGAAAGGCGUCAUUGCCGACGCCAGGUCCUACGAGACAGCCCGGCGCGCAAAGUUCAAGGAGAAGGUGCGCGCCGCCCGCCGCAGUGUGUUCGGCCUGGACAGUGCCAGACACGACCGGAGCAGUAGCGGGCCUGAUAGCGACGGCAGCGGCGUCGAGGAUCCUGACGAGGAAUCCUUUAUACGGCAUUGGCGGGAGAGUCGGAGACGUGAACUCGAGGAGGAGAGCAGGAAGCCCGUUCGAAACAGGAGAACAAGCCCUAGUGUCAGGCUGUACGGCCGCUUUGAGAAAGUAGACGCGCUCGGCUAUCUCGACGCGAUAGAAAAGGUCGGAAGGGAGACGGUGGUCGUUGUGUUUGUUUACGACAAUGAGUGCGACGUUUCAGCGGUGAUCGAGUCGGCGCUCGUUCCCCUUGUUGGCCUCUACCCUGCUAUCCGCUUUGUUAAGGUUCACUACGAGGACAUCGAGUUUGACAAUGCCGGUGUCCCGGCGAUCCUCGCAUAUCGCAACCAGGGCGAUCUCUUUGCCAACCUAACCGGAAUUCUGGAGAUGAUUCCCGACGAAGACGAUUUCGACACCGAUUCACUCAAGAAGAUCUUCAUGAAGCACUCUAUCUUGUAG